CCAUUUUCCUUCCCUCCACACGCCUCCCGCUUCACCACCGAGCCGGUGACCUGAGCAAUGCCGGUGGCCCGAGCCGGUGAUGGGGUUUUCGUUGCGGACCAGCCGAGUCCGUGGAAGAACAUAUGCAUCGAGGAGUUCUGGCAGUGGCGGGGCCAGCGUUCUCGCGCCUCCUGGAACGCUGCAAUUGCAGCGGCAGAGCACCGGUGCCCCCAUCGCAACCUCCAGCGUUUCCACCGCAGCCGAAGCCAAGCCAAGAAGACCCCUGAGGUGGCUGGCUUAUCCCUGUUGAAGAGCAGAGCGAGGUGUGGAAAAUGACUGUGGAAGAACUGGAGGCAUGGAUCCUGGGCAGUGGUAAGGCCCGGAAGCCUCGACGCAAGAAGAAGGUGAUGUGCUGACACCGCUAAAGCUCUCGCGCUUCUGCAAAGAUCGGAAGCUAUGCCCAGAUUGGCUGCAAGGCUCCAGUCUGCACGCUCGGCCUGCAGCACCUGAGGCGGAUCCAGCGGCUGGGCCGGUGCCUUCGACGACCCAUUCGAGCCACCGCCGCACGAGUACGCAGACGCCAUGGCCCGGGACCACAGGAGUUCUGGCAGUUGCGGGGCCAGCAUUCUCGCGCCUCCUGGAACGCUGCAAUUGCAGCAGCAGAGCCACGGCAUUGGCAAAAAAGAUAGAGUUUGCAAAGGAGCGAGUUGAAACCUCACGCACUUGAUCCUGUUGAUGGAGGUUUCAGAUGAAAGCUAUGCGUAUCAUUGUUCACUGGGAAUUUUUGUCACAAAGUAGGCAGAAAUUUGAAUGCCCCACUAUCUGAAUGGAAAAAACCACCAACCACAUUUCUUUCAAUGAGUUGGCUGAUUAACCCCAGUCCCUCAAAGUGGGGGCGGUGGAAACGCCGGCGGCAGAAUCCUUUGACCCGUGGCCUUCAACACCCGUGACUUGGUCAAGCCAAGUGUUCCGAACCAUGCAGGUCCAGGAUCACACCUUCAAAAAACAAAUCAACUGCUGUAUGAUCAAAUGCCUAUGCAGUUGCUGGUUUCCGUUUCAAUGAAAAUUGAAAUACUAGUGACUUUGGAAAAUGUCCAGCCAUUCUGGUAUCAAAGCUUUAUCAAUCAACAGUCUGCGUGAAGUGCCACAGCACAAAGACAGCCCCGACUCACUGAAUUCAUCAACUUACUAUAUAUUAAUGUUUUGCAGCUCGCUCUUCUGGUCGUUUUUGUCCUGUGGACAGAGAUGUUUCACGGACUUGUGGAGUUGCAUGAGCCAAUGCAGUUUGCAGUUGUGUUGGAAGUCCAACAGAGAAUAAUCGAGAUUUCGUGCGUUUGGCAUGGAUUAAGUGCAUAGUGAAAAUUGGCCACACGUUUUGGAUGCCAUUCCGACACCAAUCAUGCAAUAUGGGCUGGGAUUACAUAGAACAGGGUUCCAAUUCUAUAUACAGAGGUAUAAGCAAAGCAAAGCAGCGGCGCAUUUUGUGACUGCAAGAAAGGUCAAGACCAAGCAAAAAAAACAUCUUUCAGAAUUGCCUUCAGCAACAACCAUUCUUUUGGACCUUCCACAUGCUUUCCUUUGAAACAAUGUAACGCUGAAGCGUGGAUGAAGUCAUGCAGCCAGGCGGCGUGCAGGGCGAGUAUUUGUGUUUGGCGGAAACGAUUUUUGUGGUCUGGAGAUAGCUUUACCACAAGGUUCGUAGUUCUCAUUGCAUCUGGCGGCGUUCUUGCAACCUCCGUUGAUUGUGUUUGCAACGGAAUCGACCGGAAUUGUUUCAGGUUUCUUUGUGACGUCCGACGAACUCAUGAGGAUGAACAAAACAUGAUGAGGAUGAAUCCGACUUUUGGACGCAGUCAUCCAAUUGUGACAGCCAUCGUUUUGCAGAUCGUCGCUACGCAGAUCGUCGGGUUCCAAGUUGAGAGAGCCUUGGCCCUGGAAGUGCGGCUGCAAAUGCUCCAUCAAUCACACUUUAGUUGUUUAUAACCUUUUGAGAUGAGAGAUCACCUUAAGUUCCUCAGGGUGAAGUGUCGUGACAGCAGUUUUCUUCCUCUUCAGCUUUAUAGCCACCUGAUCUGGGAUGUUUUCGAGCUACUUCGGUUGCCGAGAUGGUCUUGUCCUUUGAUCAACCUGUUCACAAUGGCUGCAGUUCUGAACUAGAAAAGUUGAAAAACACUGGUAGUGACGGGUAGUGAUCAAGAUUUGCAUUGAAAUGCUGAUUUCCACCAAUUCCUGGACCAAGUCCGGUGAAACUUUGGUGAUGGCGUGAAGAGUGAAGGAACCCCAGCAGACUCAAUUUGCAUUGAUGGUUCUUUGACGCGUAUCCCAGCAACUGUGAGGAGCCGUGUUCUUUUCCCCAGCGACCCCUACAGAAGCACAGUCAGCGGUCUCAUCACCGAGGGCUAUCCUCACCGACGUCGCCAACGGCAUUCACGGUACAACAGCUCAGCAUCGGUCCACAGCCAACUGCGAGGAACCGACGCGCCGGAAUGCGCUGCCCCCGGCGAUUUGGGAGACCCGCUACCUCAACUCCACGGAGGCCUAUGCCGUGGUGCUCGCGAGCGACCUGAUCCUGAAGAAGCGAUCCGACAUGGGGUGGCGACGGGCAGUGGAAUUUUUCAUGCUUUCGUUGCUGAUGAGGUCAGUGGUGGAAGAUGCGAGGAGUGCAGUGCCAGGAACGGCGCCCUGGCGCUCGCCAACAGCGCACGCCGGAUGCGGUGCUCGCAGGUCCAGCUGAGACCUCGUUGCCUGGCAGGUCCACUCCUGACGAUGUUCCACCGCGGCGCCGGCUGCAGUGGCAGCACCCAGGAAAGCACAUCAUGCUGCGGACGUCGAUCUCCAGGAUAGCCAGACUUCAAGGUUGAGCUUCAGCCAUGUCGGCAGAAGAUGCACGCCGAUGUGAUGCUCAUGACUGUGGCAGAUGGUGGCUGUUGCUGCAUCUCUGGUGAAUCAAGUCAAUGGCCACACGGCAGGCGGAUCGAGCUCGAGACCGGCGGAGGGCUGACACCGCUGGGUCGAACUCCGCGGAUCGUGCUGAACUCUUUCUGCCCAGCCUUGACCUCUUCGUUUUGGAGGUGCACCGUGCUCCACCGAGGCGGGUGAAGGAUGCCACCGGUGAUGGAGGACUUGCGAUCGAUGGAUGCCAGUGCGGCGACCGAAAAAAGGUCGAGCAGACCUUCCAUGCAGACACGGAGAGGAGACACGUUGGAGACGCAGAAAGGGGCACGACUCUACGGUAUGCCCGUAGACUCCAUAG